AUGGAUGCGAACUACUUUGGAUUUGGAUUUCCUUCGAACGAUCCUCAGCAGUCACUGCCGCAUAUACCUGAUCACCGUACUGAAGGCAGCACAGACCUGGACCCUAGCAACCAACUCGAAGUCUUGCGAGAGAUGCGACGUAUCCGAGAGCUCGAGCUAGCGAUACACGAAGAGAAACGACGGCUGGCCGAGGAGCUUCGCAAGCAGCGAGAAGCAGAGGUCACGCUAGCUCAAUUCGGCCUAUACCAGUCGUCCUCGAGCUCAGGUCUUAGUAUACUUCCAGCAGGCACCAGCGCAUCUGGCAGUAGUAGCGUCGCGUUCGGGACUCCAUCACACUACAAUCAACCGCUAAACAACCCCCUUCCUACUUUCAACGACCCUUCCGAGCCGCCUUCACAUCAUACUUCAGACGCAUCCCCUCCUUCUCUCGAAACCUCCACCACCGCCAAUCCUUCCUCCUCCGCUUCUCCCGAACCAUCCUCCAACGCCCCUCGCGAGCAGUCCCAAUCCCAAUCCAAGAAGACUCUAAAGAAAAAGAAGGACCAUAUCAUAGUCGAGGAGCACGACGCCAAAUGCAAGCACUGCUCCAAGACGAUGGCCAAGCUGAUCCUGCGCGGCCUGCGGAACGAGCUCGACGUGCCGUACCAGAUGCAGUACGAGUGCGGUGACUGUGUCGCCGUGUUCCCCAGGACGAUCUCGAAGAAGCGGACGAAUCAGUUCGAGGAUACGACGUUGCCGACUACGUGUGUGGUUUGUACCAGGAUUCAGGGGCAGGGUGGGUUUAUGGCGAAGAGCAGGGGCCAUUUGUCGUUUACGGUCGAGACUAUUUGCGUUUCGUGUUCGAAGAAAUAUAAACGGUGUAGCAACUGUGGCGGAGGAGCAGGCGGUUAUGGAAAAUGGCGAUGUAAAGAGCUCUUCGAAGGAAACCGUAAAACUUGCACCCUCUCCCAUGCCAGUCUCAACGCCAGAGACAUGGAGAUGGCGGUCUGGUUGCUUCCCGACCAGACCAAAGACGCGCCGGAACUGCCUGAUCUACUGGAAACCAUGCAAAAGUACUGGGAGGAGCAUAUGAUUUCGAAGCUAGCUAUUCCAGAGGUCCUCGAACACUCACCGGGCUUGAGCACUUUCGAAGAUAUCCGUCGGAACAUCAUCGACGUCGGCUUCAUGGGUCGUUCUCUAUUUACCGAUCCACCUAUGAGCCCGAACCAUCGCCUGUACGUGGCUUUAACGUGGGCGAAGCAGCGAGCUCGGAGAGACAAGUCAAAACCAGAGUGGAAGAGGAAAGAAGGGAAGACGACGGACGAAUGGGUCGCCUUCAAUACUCGCUGGACAACGUCUCUGAUGCCGGACAAUGCGAUCCCGAGUGCGAUGUGGUUACUCGAGUGGGCUAUCCCUAAUCGCACCUUGAACCUCUCGACGCUCUAUCCCUUCGACUACGGCGAAAUCGGGGAUCGAUACAUCUUCUCGUACAUCUCGAUGCUACGUCCUAUACUAGAAGAGCUCGAGGAGCAUAACGCCAAGUCGCCGACCGACCCUUGGCUACCUCCACAACACCUAUGGUGUUCUGUGAAAGUCAACCCAUACGCCCUUCGCCUCCGCACCCUCGAAUUCGUCCAACGCAAACUAAAUUUCAUGCCCCUCGAAGAAUACCUCGCUCUCCACCCGGACAUCGACCCGGCGUCUCUCUUCCACAAAGACGCGGGGAACAUCGCGCGCUGUAUCGACGCGCGGCCGUCGAUAGACGGGCAUCAUGAUAUGUCGAUCUACGCGAAGAGUCUGGGGCCUGAGAUGACGUUGGAGAAUGUGAAGAGGAUAAUGGAGAUGGAGUUGAAUAAGGUGCCGAAGAGGAUUGAUGUUUGA